UGGCUGGCGAACGCCAUUUGCUUCCAUUGUCGUCCAUCGCCGCUAAGAGCACAGUGGGCAGCCCGCGCGUCGGGUGGCAGCGGCGGCCGCGAGCGCGAGGCACCGAAGGACGGAGAGAGCUACCGCUGCCAGGGGCGCCGGUCGUCAUCGCCAGAGGGCAAUUCACCACCGGCAGCGGUUGUGCGCGCGAAAGCAACCGUUGUCGUUGUCAGCGUCACUUUCACCAAAGCCGUUGCCCCAGUAGUCUGUUAUCACCUGAACGGCCGCCGUUGCACGGAGCGGCCAUUCGUAGAGAGCCCCCGGGGUUUCCCCGCCCGGAAGCGUGUGCCCGCGGCAGCGGUGGUGUGUCGAGGCGGGGCGGAGGGGGGGGGGAGAUGCCGUCGGUCGGCGCAGCGGCGGCGCGGCCUUGCGCGGCGCUGGGAGCCUAACGGGCGGGCGCGCGUGCGGUGCCGCAGCGCACCAGCAGCAGCGCGCGCCAGCACGGGACAGAGCGCGCCCUCGAGCGGUCGCAGCACGGGAGCUCGACCGCGAGACUGCGCGAGCAGCACCGCGAGCAGCUCCUUGCACCAGCAGCAGCAAGGCAGCAGCAACAGCAGCAGCAGCAGCAGCAGCAAGGCCAGGGAAUGCCGCUCCGCCUCGCUCCAGUCCAUGGGAGAUUGC